AUGGAGUCCGUACGCCAGUCAUGUCGGCCCAAGCACCAGGUCCUGAUCUUGAAAUGUUAUCCGAAAUACCAGAAAGGAGUGGCGGAGGUCAGGCCGAAUCCCAGUGAACUCUCGUACCUCCUAUACUAUACCAGCACGCGCCGCAGUAAGCUGACCAAGGUCGGCGCGUUCCUGGAGAAGAGAGUGGCCCGGGAUGUCUGGAGACGCAGAUUAGGAAAUGUCCAGGUGGCGCUUCAUAUUCUGGCCGCACUCAUCGAAAAAGUUCCCCGCGAUCUUCCUAUCUACGCUCGUUCUAUCAUGACCGUGAUCGAGACUGUCCUGCGAUCGAAUGACAUAACUAUGGUGGAGGAAUCAAUUGUGCCCUUUGAAAUGUUCUGCCGGCAUCAGGACAUUGCGGCCAUUGCGGCAGACCAGGGUCUCGCUCUUCAAUACCGAGAAGUCGUCCGGACAUACGCCAGCUUAGCCGAUCCGGCUUUUGUUUCCAACUCGAAUACAAAGUUCAGCCCGCAAGUGGCCAUUCGGUGGAGGAACGCGGGACUGCGGGCUAUCAGAGGUGUGGUCAGCUCAGAAAGCCUCGCUGCUGACGGCGGCACUUCGCUGAAGCUGUGCCUACCAGUCAUUCUGGAGAACCUCUACUCCGCUGAUGAGGACCUGCUCACGACACUCAAGAUCAGGUUACAAGAGGCUGACGCAAAUGAGCGGGAUGGGUCUAAACCCCGCCGCAUGAGUGUUAAUACCGUACACACCGUGGACACAGCGGAGGGUGAUCCCGAGCUUGCAGCGCGGUCUGCGGAUGAUGCAGACCGAAAGGCAGAAAUUGAUGCUCGGCUCAUGGCUCUACGCUGCCUCGAGCAGAUUAUCGUCUCGGGGAGCAAUCGCGGUCAGAUCCGCAUCGCGGUAACGGUCAUUCUUCGCUUCAUAUCGACCAAGGGCUUCCCACAGAGUGACAAGCAGAAUGGGUUGAGCUCGGCCAAGAACGGAAAUUGGGCAACCUCUUUGAUCGAACUCAUUGCGAACUGGUGCCCGGUACAGGUUCGUUUCAUUAUUCUGAUAACGGCCAUGGAGAUCUUGCACGAUACAAGCCCCAAAGAGGAUAACCUAGAGUCGGCUUUCACCAUUCUCUCUGUGGUGGAUUGGUUGCUCAGAUCCUCGGUGAACAUGAUUGGUCUCAGCGUCAUGGAUAUCCUUUUCGGUCUUAUGCACUAUGCUUCUGAUAUCCUCUCUCCUCCGGGUCGUACUGGGUCUGCAGAUUCGGAAAAGCAGCCCAAUGGUCAGGUCGAUAUGGUCAUCUCCUCGCAAAGACAGGACCUUCUCACACUCUUGGAGCAGAGCAUUGGAGACCUCGCAACGCAUAUUUACUACGGUGACCAAGUCGCCGAUAUGAUGCGGGCAAUCCUCAGGCGCUUCAAGCCUGCCCCCCUCCACGAUAGCUCUGCACAAUUCGCUUUGGCUACUGUUCAUGAGUCCGGAGUGGCACACGUUGACUCUAACUCUGCCUCGGAGUCUAACGGAGACAAGGCCUCAGGAGAAACAUUUUCACAUGCCGCCGCCAAACUGACAGCUCUUCGAUCACUCAAGUCCAUAUUGGUCGUUGCCAAUCUCAGGACGCCAUCAACCAUGUCCGGCGCGGAAUCCAGACACCCAGUCGGUAUUCAUGUGUGGGAGGGCACCCAAGGUCUCUUGCGUGAUGCAGAUCGGGAUGUUCGCUAUGCCUACGCCGACGCUUUCCUGUCAUGGUUGACAUUUGAAACCAACAAGAACGAUCUCAAGGCACGAGUAGAUGUACGGAAGUUCAUCAAAACAGGAUCAAAGCGAGAGUCCGAGCAGAUUGAUAAACAAAACCGACGAAGCACUACGGCUCCGGGUAACCAGCGAGAAACAGUGGCACUGGCAGCACAAUCGAACUUCCUCCGUCUGCUGCACUUGGCUAUCUACGAUGGCGCUCUUGAAGGAGCUGCUGACGAGUCCGAGAUUCUCCUCCUUCAUCUACUUCUCACAAAUCUUGUUCAGAACCUCGGAGUGAAUGCUGCUCAAUUUGGGUUCCCCAUGGUUCUCAAAUUACAGGAGGACAUGUUUACUUCUAUUGAGCUGAGUUCAUUUGCGGCACGCGUCAACACCGGAAGCUUAGUCCACGGCUAUCUUCUCGCAUUGUCAGAGAAGUUUGAAAUGGACACCUCCCCCGUUGGAGCUGAAAUCACCAAGGAAAUACAGGAGCGAGUCGACAAGGGCCACUGGCUUUCCAAGAUCCAGGUACCCCCAGUUGGUCUCGGUGGUAUUGAUUUCGAUAAAGAAAAAAGAGACGUCAAUGACUCGACUUCCCCACCUCCAUUGACACCCUUCCGGAACAUAGAGGGACUCGUCUAUCUGAUUGACGAGACUUACCGCCAGUCAAUCUCAUCUCCCCCUCAAAGCCCGCCAACCUCACCUGCACGAGGAUUCACGUUCCCAGUCCUUGGGCAUCCAGUCGCGGAAUCACAAGUCGAGGGCGGUCUGCCGAGUCUCGUGAAGGACCAUUUGGCGUCCCCGUGGUCCCGUGAGGCCUGCUUGGCCGAGGUUGAAAAGGAAAGCGCCAAUGCCCUAUCUAUCAAUGGCUCUCGAGUCGGUACACAAAACACUCGGACUAAUCAAUCCAACGGAAUCGCAAAUGGCUCGCCUGCUGGUUCGGGAUCCCGCGACAACUACCGCACAAAUGUUCCCGAUAUCUCGGCUUCGUCAUCUCAUGGUUCGAGUAGGGGAUCUCCCGUUCGCGUCAAUGAGCUCCGUCGCGUACUCUCGGUCACCAACGAUUCUCAAGCUCGGCGGCUUAGCCCACUGCGAGGACGACUUGACGCAUCAGAUGCCAGUAUCAUCUCCUCUGGAAGUGACAGUAUGGUCAGCGGUGCCUUCUCUGUUUCUGAGAUGGAAGACGGCGCCUCCACCCAACAGCCAGAUGGUCAACAAACACCUGAUGAUGAUGGUGCAGAUACACCCCGCGCUUCGGCAGCAGAGAUCGUUCUGUCGGGCGACAAGCCGUCUGACCAACCUCUCAAUGCACCUUCUCUGAGUCGUGUAAACUCGGACGAGCAAAUACCUCCCGUGCCACCUAUCCCAGUCAAUUUGUCAAUCCCAGGAGGUUUCCCGAAUGACUCCCAGCGGUCAUUGCUUUCAUACGAUCGCCCAUCCACUGCGCCAGGUCCCUCGCGACAGUCUUCAGUGAAAGACAAAGCUGAUGCAGCCUCUGGUGCUCUUAACCCCAAGUCCUUAGACCGCAAUAAGAGCCGAUCCAGUAACAACCUCGCUGCCAAUGGAAUUCCAGAGCUUAUGACCGAUUAUGAGUCCAAUGCCCUGGAUGGCAGUCACCAGGAUCAAUUGCGGAAACUCCUCGACGGGUUCCUUUCGCCUGACGAUACCACGAUGACAAAUGGAACCCGUCCAGCAACUGCCAUUUCUUCCAAGGGCCCAAUGGGUAGAAGUGUCAGCAGACGACAGGUCAGCGGUGGCCUCGGACGCCCACCUUAUUGA